UAUGAUUUGGUGAUCAACCAACCACCAAAACUUUUUUUCUUCAUCAUAAUUGGAUUUCCUUCUGGGUGUUGGCAUUCACGUUUCAUCAUCAUCACAAUUCUCAAUCUUUCCUCAAUCUUUUAGCUCUGUUUCUUUCCAUAAUUCCAGCAUAUACAACAAAAAAAACAAACAUAUUCACACCCAUAUAUAUAGAUAUAUAUAUUAUAUAUUUAUAUGAAGUAUUUUACCAUGUAGAUUAUGCACUGUUCGAUUAUGGUUCUCAAUCCAUCCCCAACAGUACCAAACAAAUUUCAUCCAACAUAUACAAAGAUGCUUUUUAUCAGAGAAAAGAAUCCAAAAAACAUGGUUCAAUUGGGAUUGUAGCAGUUUCUUCAAUCUGGGUAUAAAUUUCAGAUGCCAAAAUGUUCAUGCAGCAAGAAAGGCCCGAAUCCGACAAAUUAUCUGGGUCAAGUUCUCGUCUCUACGACCUCUUGUCCGCAGAAGGCUCAACAAGUUUGAAAUGCAGCAGAAGGGAAGGACAGAUGAAGUCUUCCAGUCCACAAGGAAGGCUGGAGAAUCUUUUAUGUCAAUCCAGCAAUAGAUUCUGUGCUGAUUGUGGAUCUCCAGAUCCAAAAUGGGUAUCUGUAAGUCUUGGAGCAUUUAUCUGUAUCAAGUGUUCUGGAGUGCACAGAAGCCUUGGAGUGCAUAUAUCAAAGGUUUUAUCAGUUAAACUUGAUGAAUGGGCAGAUGAACAAGUAGAUACUUUGAUAGAAAUGGGUGGGAAUACUGAGGUAAACUCAAAAUAUGAAGCUGUUAUUCCAGACAAUAUCAGAAAACCAAAACCAGAUUCCUCUAUAGAGGAACGCACCGAUUUCAUUAGGAGAAAAUAUGAGAUGCAACAAUUUUUGUAUACUGACAUACGGCUGUCCUGCCCAUUCCCAUCUCCUGCUUUGAAAUCAUCCUCGUCCAAUUGCGGUUCUUCAGGCAAUAAUUCUGGUUCAGCCCCAGAUAAGAAACAGUCGGAGAAGCAAACAGCUGCCAGUCGUAUUCAGAGUCUUGGGAAUGCAUUUCGCAACAGUUGGAGGAGGAAAGAGUCCGAACAAAAGGCUCCUAAGAAGAGUAACUCUACUAACUCAAUGGCAGGUAUGGUCGAAUUUGUCGGACUGAUAAAAGUCAAUGUGGUCAGAGGCACCAACCUAGCUGUCCGAGAUAUGAUGACCAGUGAUCCUUAUGUCAUCCUUUCUUUGGGACACCAAUCGGUGAAGACACGUGUCAUAAAGAACAAUCUGAACCCAGUCUGGAAUGAAAAGCUAAUGUUAUCAAUACCAGAACAUAUUCCUCCUCUUAAGCUGGCCGUGUAUGACAAAGAUACAUUCUCAACUGAUGAUUUUAUGGGGGAGGCCGAGAUCGACAUUCAACCGUUGCUCUCUGCUGCUAAAGCCUCCGAGAAUUCGGAAAUCAAAACCAUGCAUCUUGGAAAGUGGGUAGCGUGCAAAGAUAACACCCUGGUAAGAGAUGGUAUCAUCAGCCUCGUAGAUGGGAAAGUAAAGCAGGAUAUUGCUCUCAAGCUGCAGAAUGUUGAAAGGGGAGUGCUAGAUAUUGAGCUUGAAUGCGUUCCUCUCAUUCAAUAGGAAAAAGUUGAAGAAAUUGUAGUCAGAUUGGUUUUCGUUUUCUGUUUGAUUAGAGAUUCCCUUUUGUUUGACAGCUGCAUUCUAGGAUGCAUCAUCUUGUUCGUGCCAAGUGUGUUCACUCGGUUAUCUGCUUGUAUUUCUUCAGAUUCUGGAUAGGCGAAGACAUGUUCAAUUAAAGGAAAUUAGUGGAUCCAGUUUUAAACCUUAGACCUGAAUGGUAUCAUUUUAGACAUUACUGCAGUCUGCUUGUAUGCAGGCACUCAUGAUUUGUAAAGAAAAUUACAUUCAUUCGGCCAAGUUCGGAUAAACUCAACUUAGUUGAAAAGUUCUUGCCGGCCUACUUUGUAUCUUACAUGAAAACUGAGAUGUCUGUGGAUUAUCAUUUCAUAGAAGCAAAUGCAAUACCAGUAACAUAGUUUAUCAUCAGAA